GAAGUCUCGCGAUAUCUGACGUGUUUUGGUGGGCGCAUCGGAAGUAUUGCGGAAGAGGAGGAAGAGGCUUCUUCGUGACAGCUAGCAAACGAAGCCAAUUAUCCGUCCGAGCAGCUGCUGCUUUGUCACCUUUUUACGCCCAAAACGAACACCCGGACAGGAAGGAGCAAAGAUGACCGCCGCGCCUUACAACUAUUCCUACAUCUUCAAAUACAUCAUCAUCGGUGACAUGGGUGUGGGCAAGUCGUGUCUACUGCACCAGUUCACAGAGAAGAAAUUCAUGGCCGACUGCCCUCACACCAUCGGCGUGGAGUUUGGCACCAGGAUCAUGGAGGUCCACGGCCAGAAGGUGAAGCUGCAGAUCUGGGACACGGCGGGCCAGGAGCGCUUCAGGGCCGUCACCCGCUCUUACUACAGGGGGGCCGCCGGGGCCCUCAUGGUGUAUGACAUCACCAGGAGAAGCACCUACAAUCAUCUCAGCAGCUGGUUGACGGACGCCAGGAACCUGACCAACCCCAACACGGUCAUCAUCCUGAUCGGCAACAAAGGCGACCUGGAGGCGCAGAGAGACGUCACGUACGAGGAAGCCAAACAGUUUGCCGACGAGAACGGUUUGCUCUUCCUGGAGGCCAGUGCCAAGACAGGCGAGAACGUGGAGGAGGCCUUCCUGGAGGCGGCCAAGCGCAUCUACCAGAACAUCCAGGACGGCAGCUUGGACCUGAACGCCGCAGAGUCAGGAGUGCAGCACAAGCCGUCGGCGCCGCAGGGGGGACGACUCAACGCCGACAGCCAACCCCCCAAAGACGGAUGCAGCUGCUAACCGACCAACGGACCAAAGGAUGGACACAUUGCUUUUUAAUUUUUUUUGUGUUUUUUUUUUGUUGCUUUGCCGGCUCUCCUGGUCGGGAAUGUCUCUGAACUCACUUGAAUCCAUCCCCGACGUCUCAUUCCGGAACCCUCCAGCUGGAAUUGCAUUUCGAUCACGUACGCUAAUUCUCCAAAAGCAAAAUAAAAGUUGUUCCUGCACGUGGAUGUGAAAUUGGACCCGUCACAUUCCAGGGGGUCCUCACGCAGAACCUCAAAAACCAUCAGCGGUCCUUUCUGUCAUCCAUAGUCUGUUGUCCUCCAUCAGGUUUUUUCUGGACCGAAAGAGCUUCCAAACAUUUUUUUUUUAUGUCCAAAAACUCCACUUCGACUCUCAUUCCCAUGGUGGAUUUUUCUAGCUCCGAAGAGCCCGUCCUGGUCAAAAAGAUCUUGAAUGAUUGAAGACACGAGCUCAAGAGCCCAGGCAGUCAAAAGUAUCCUUUCCGGCGGACUGGAAGAUCUUACCCCAGUUUCAAGUCCGAAGUCAACCAGAUUCUCGUUUCCAGACCCAAAAUGGAGCCCACGGUCCUAAACCGGCUUUUCUUUCGCCUGCGACAGAAAGAACUGGAAAAGCUAGCCCCCGCCCCCCCUCCAUUUUUAUAUGAGCUGAAUGAGUAGCCUCUAGGUGGCGCCGUUUUCUCAUCAAACAUCAGCAAAAUGCGACCUUUUGAUUUUAUUUAUACUGUGUCGUACAUCGGUAGGCAUAUUACCCCCCCCAUCCCACCCCCCCCUGCGUGCGACCAGUACAGUGAAUUCACAUCUUUGUAAAUAAAGUAAAUACAGAGUCCACGUUUAGUCGUCUUGCGCCAUGUCGUCGCGUCUCGUUACGAUCUAAUGGACAAUAAAAAGUUGCCAUCAAGCCUCCCGAUUUUGUAUUUUGCUUUGGGACACGACCCGACGCGAGCCGUCGCUUGUUUAGUCAUGAAAACAAAGAUGAGCAAAAAAAAAAAAAAAAAAUGGAGAGGAGGAAGUCAUACGGAAGAAUUGUUAUUUCUACUUUCAACUUUCCUAUUGGUCAAUUGUCAUUUAUUUGAUCAUUUCGACAGUAUUUCCACCCCGAGAUGUCUAAACAUUGGAGACAUUUUUUUUCCCGUUCUCUUUAUUUGAGAAAAUGUGAAAUAAAAAUCAUGAC